AUGUCGGGCAUGCGGCGCAGCCAGGCCGUGGGCCUCACCCUUGGCCUUCUCUUCAUCUACUUCCUCUUCUUCUCUGGCUCGGGUUCGAACACAGACUUCCGCAAAACUACCGAAGCCUCGUUGUCGCGCCGUCGAGGCAUCUUGCGAGGUGCCUUAUCCGACAAAGAGUUGACUGCGCAAACCAAUCACGAGUUGCAGAUGAUUCUGGACAGGCAGAAGGAAAGACUACAACGAGAUGAAGAUCAAAUGAUCUUUGACACGGCGCCCGUUCACGGCAAUCAUCCCUAUACUUCAACGAUCAGUUUUGACGACGACGAGGUUAGUAUAGGUGGGAGGAAGACCAUGCCGAAAGAGAAGCCCAAGUACCCCGUCGACACAGCCAAGGCUACGCAUGCCACGGAUGUCGCAGCGGAUGGAAAGGGUGAGGAAACCGCAUACAAUGGGAACAAAGUCGAAAAGGCAAAGGAUGACGGAGAGGAUAUGGCACGGCAAGAGUUGCAAAGCAUUUUGAAGAAGAGUCCGAUUAUCAUAUUCUCCAAAUCCUACUGUCCCUAUUCGAAACGCGCCAAAUCCCUCCUACUGGAGACCUAUACCAUCACUCCAGCCCCUUACGUAGUGGAGCUCGACCUUAUGACCACUCCCGUUCCCAAACCGCACGGCGCCGAUGAAGAUGACGAUGCGCCUGCUCCCACACUUGGCCGCAAGUUGCAAGAUCUGUUAGCGACCCUGACGGGUCGACGGACUGUGCCGAAUAUCAUGAUCAACGCGCAGAGUCUAGGGGGGAGCGACGAUAUUGUCAAAAUGCAUAUGGAGGGGACAUUGGAGGAAGAAAUCAAGAAGAUGGGCGGCAAGAGGAUUGUUAGUGUCGAAAAGAAGCACAAGGAUGGGAAAUGA